AAACUGCUUUAUAGUACUUUAGAUAAAAGCAAUAGAUUAUUCAAUCUGUCUCAGCAGGAUCCAUAAUGAGCAGGGCCUAUGUAAAAUACUUGAUCACUUCAAUCAAUAAGCACGUGUAGAGUGAGAGAAAAGUGGGAACCGGCUCAGUGCACUUGAACAGUACAGCUGCAACAGGAUCAUGUGGUUCCCUCUAUUGCAAGGUAGCACUCAAAACUUAGGGACAACACAGCCAAAGUUUCUGAAUAGGACCAGAGCUCAUUGUGCACUGUGCUCUUUAACGUUUCCAGAUAGAGCUCCAUUCUCGCUGAACACUGACACAGCAGAUCCUCCAAACGUACCCAUGCCCCCUGUCUUUUAUCCCUGUUACCUGUAUGUUCCCAAAUAUACCACAGGUCAGUCAUAUCAUGAAUAGUCAACAAGCGAGAAUCAGUUUCCCUGGAACACUGAGGAAUCCCUCUCUGCUGCAGAAUGAGGUCGCCAGUACUUCUAAUGUGUUUCGUAGGAUUUUGUCUUUGGAACAUUGCACUGUCGCUGAAGAUCUGUGCCUUUAACGUUCAGAGUUUUGGGGAGGCAAAAGUCAAUAACAAAAAGGUUAUGGGAAUUUUGAUCAAGAUCCUGGCCCGCUGUGACCUAUGCUUAAUUCAAGAGGUGCGAGACUCCAAGGGUAAAGCCAUACCUACACUGGUGAAGGAACUGAACAGAUUUGAUAAAUCUUCGUACUCCUACGUAGAGAGUAAGAGACUGGGGAAGAAAACGUACAAGGAGCAAUACGUCUACAUUUACAGGAAGGAUCUGCUGCAGGUGCAAGAACACUACCAUUAUCCUAAACUGGAGAGCGAAGAAACCAAUGGCACUGAUAUUUUCUCCAGGGAACCUUUUAUUGUCCGAUUUCACUCCCCCACUACCUUGGUGAAGGAUUUUGUCCUGGUUGGCCAGCACACCUGUCCCAAAACAGCAAUGAAAGAGAUUGAUGAACUCUACUCUGUCUUCAAGGGAAUCUACAAGAAGUGGAAAACUGAGAAUGUUGUGAUUUUGGGGGACCUCAAUGCCGGUUGCAGCUACAUAACCAUCAAGGGCUGGAAAGCUAUCCGUCUGCGGAGCGAUCCCAAGUUCCGUUGGUUGAUCGGAGAUGAGCAGGAUACCACUGUGCGAGAGAGAACACACUGUGCUUAUGACAGGAUUGUUGUCCAUGGACGUGAGGUCCUCUUUGGCAUAGUUCCGGAAUCAGCUCAGCCCUUCAACUUCAAGGAGAAGUUCCAUUUAACCGAGGAGGAGGCUCUGGAAGUCAGUGACCACUUCCCAGUAGAGGUUGACCUGAAGCCCAACCAUCGCUAUUUGCUCCGCCAUGAACUCUAAACUGAGGCUUCUCUAUGGACUCUUCUUAAAAUCAUGUUUUUACCUGUGUCAACUUACACAUUUUAAAUACCAAAGGUGUAUUCACUGAUAUCAGAUGUUUGAAAUAAAUUCUGUAACUGAACAUAAUUAAAACACAAAUUGAGAUAAAGAUUCUAAUAAACAUAUUAGGACAUUCAAAUUUCUUUGAGCUUCGUGAUCUAUAUCCCGGUAGAUAAAUCCAACUGAUUUGAAGUGUCAAUGAGCACAAGUAUAAAGAAGAAAUGUAAUGCCUUAUGU